GGUUAUUACUUAUUGUCUUUGCUUACUAAAUUAUACCAGUACCUUGUCUCUGUUAUACUUCCUUUUCCUUGUGGCAUGGUGUCGGCAUAAGUUGCCGAUAAGCAACCACAAUGCCGCAGAACGAAUAUAUUGAACGCCAUCGUAAGCUGCAUGGCAGGAGGCUCGAUUAUGAGGAGCGGAAAAGAAAGCGUGAAGCGCGUGAACCUCACAAGAGGGCCGAGAAGGCGCGUAAACUGCGAGGUAUCAAAGCUAAAAUCUUUAACAAGGAGCGUCGCAAUGAAAAGAUUCAAAUGAAAAAGAAGAUCAAAGCGCACGAAGAAAAGAAUGUCAGACAAAACACAGAAAAGGUUGCCGAAGGCGCCGUACCAGUCUACCUUCUUGACAGAGAUGUCCAAUCUAGGGCUAAAGUAUUGUCAAAUAUGAUCAAACAGAAACGUAAAGAAAAAGCUGGUAAAUGGGAUGUACCGAUACCUAAAGUACGUGCUCAGGCCGACGCUGAGGUCUUCAAAGUUUUAAAGUCCGGUAAAUCGAAAAGAAAAGCGUGGAAACGCAUGGUAACCAAAGUCACAUUUGUAGGUGAAAAUUUCACAAGAAAGCCGCCAAAAUUCGAAAGAUUCAUACGACCUAUGGCCUUAAGGUUCAAAAAGGCACAUGUAACACAUCCAGAGUUGAAAGCCACCUUCUGUUUACCGAUUAUCGGUGUCAAGAAAAACCCGAGUUCCCAAAUGUACACAAGUUUGGGGGUUAUAACGAAGGGUACAGUUAUUGAAGUAAAUAUUUCUGAGCUUGGUUUGGUCACGCAGGCUGGCAAAGUCGUCUGGGGAAAGUACGCUCAAGUUACAAACAACCCAGAGAAUGAUGGUGUCAUCAAUGCUAUUUUACUUGUAUAAAUUGUAACUCUGUAAUGUUUACGUUUGCCACAAUAAACAGAUACCUGAUAA